UUUCAUUUUCUCUUUCUCCAGGAAGCUGGGGGUGGUGGUGGUGGAGCUGAACGGGUGUUUGAUUCUGGGGUAGAAACAGCUGACACUUGCUGGGUCCCAGCAGUCACCCCUUCCCUCUUGGGCUCAGAGUUCAGUCACUUAACGGCCAGGCCUGGGAUCCUGCCACAGUGCAGGAACCUGCCACCUCAGGCCCAAGAGUGCCCCGAGGCUGCUGCAAGCAUGGCGGAAGCUCCGACAGACCAGAGCACAACGAGAGAUAACCUGGAACAGAAGAUCCUGCAGGUGCUGAGUGACGCUGGUGUCCCUGUGAAGACCGCUCAGCUGGUGAAAGAAUGUCAAGUGCCCAAGAAAUUCCUCAACCAAGUCCUCUACUCCCUGAAGAAGGAGGCCAGGGUGUCCUUAGAAGCCCCUGCAACAUGGCGCUUGGGCGGGGGUGCUCCUGGAGAUGGGGUGCCCCUGGUCCCCAAGGUCCCUGAGGUCUCUGCUGCCCAGUCUAGCUUUGCCCCGAGGCCCCAGCAAGACACAGGUUCAGUCCCAGGCAGUCCCGGCCCUCAGCUCAGCACCCACCAGGAACAGAUCUACAGGUUCCUGGAGGCCAAAGGGCCUUGCAAAGCCCUGCACAUCGCCCAAGCUCUGGGACUGAAGACAGCCAAAGAUGUGAACCCAGACCUCUAUGCCAUGAGGAACCGCCACCUUCUGAACUAUGAUGGCCAGAUAUGGACAACCUGUGGGUCAAAUCAAGGGUCAGUUAAUUCCCAAGAAAGACAACAGCCAGCAGCAAUUAUUUACCAGCAGAAUCCAAUCAACAUGAUCUGCCAACAAGGUGCAAACAGCCACAUCUCCAUUGCCAACUCUGAAGCCAUCCGGAUCGGGCAUGGGAACUUCAUACAGAGUCACACAGCCUUUGGUGACACUGGCCUCAGGACUCCCCACCAUCUCCCUCUACCAGUGCCAGGGGACCCCUCUGCUCAGGGGACCCCACUUGGUGCCUGGGGGACCCAGGACAUCUACAUGGAGAAGUCUAUGCUCCGACGGGUGCAGCUGGGCCACGGCAACCAGAUGAGCCUCCUCAGGGGUCCAAGGGAGGGCCCCACCUACAGCUUCUCUGGCAGCCCCCCAGUCUCAGCCCCUGAUACUAGCCCUGAGGCUUCAUUCAAUGUGCAGACACCUGAGCCAGGCCCUCACCCCGAGGGGGACAUGACUCAGAGGAUCCACAUCAAAUCCUGCUUCCUGGAGGACACCACCAUCGGCAACAGCAACAAGAUGACAGUUCACCCGGGGUCAGAGGGCCCAGGUGGAGUCACUGGGUCUGGAGGUGGCAAGGAGCCAAAGGAGGACACAGGUCCGAGUUCUGAUACCACACCAUACAGAAGCUGCUUCCAGAACCCCAGCUCCAUGCCCCUCACCUCUGAACUGAGAGAGGAUGUGACCCUGGAAGACAGGGGUUCCCAGACCGUAGAACCCACACUGGGGGAAAAUGCAGCCCCUAUCAUAGGGAGUGAACAGCCCAAGGCCUGACCCAAGAAGAGAGAGGCUGAGCUGACACAGGCAGGCAGCCUUGGCAGGGGACUUCCUGUGGCUGCAUAAGGGGCUCGGACCAAUUUUUUUUUUUUUUUUUUGGUUUGGAUAUGACAUAUUCCCCGAAAAGGCCUUGAUGAAGGCUUUAUCUCCAGCUCAUAGGUUCAACCAUUGUGAGGUGACUGGAUCCUAGAGCUCAGCCACACACAGGUCCCCAGAUGGAUGCAUUGUUCAUUGACAUCAGGAGGGGAUGGGGACUUUGGGAGGUUGAAGGUAAUGGAUCACUAGAGACAUCAGGGUGUCAUGUAGACCAGGCUGGCCUUGACUUGAUAUGUAUGCGAAAAUAACCUUGAACUUCUGAUCUUUCUACCUCCACUUCCUGAGUGCUGGGAUUACAGGUCUGUACCACCAAGCCCAGUUUAUGAGGUGCUGGGGAUAGAACCCUGAGUAUGCUAGGCAGACAUCUACUAACUGAGCCCCAGUCCCAGCCUAGACCGUGCCUUUGAAGGGGAUCUUGUCCCGCCUCUUGCUCUCUCUCUCUCUCUCUCUCUCUCUCUCUCUCUCUCUCUCUCCCCGCCCCCCUUCACUUCAUGUCUUUCCGCUUUGCCACAGGCUGGGAUUGACAGAGCCAAGGGCCCAUGACAGAAACCACUGAAACCAUGAGCCAAAACUAACCUUUCUUGCCUCAAAAAACUAACAGUAGAUCUUCCAUAUGAGCCAGCUAGAUCAUUCCUCAAACGACUCCAAGCGUAGCACACAGACUCCUGCACAUCCAUGUUUACCACAACAUUGUUCACAGUAGCAGUUAUGAGACCAACCCAAGUGUUCAAUGAUAGAGAAAUGUGUAAAGAAAAAGACCGUGGUAUAUAUACAGCCAUGAAAAAGGAUGAAAUUAUGUCAUUUGUAAGAAAACAGAUGCAACUGGAGGUCAUCGUGUUCACGGGAUUAAGCUACCUCAGCAAGACAAAUAGAUAUUUUCAUUGGUGGGUCCUAGACCUUGUAUACAUGUAUAAAGUCAUGUGUGUAUACAGGACAUGAAAGAAGACAAACAGUCCAGGGGAAAGAAAGGGAUGGAGAAGCGA